AUGGCGAUGCUGCACCGAGCUCUCUUCACCUGGUUCCUUCUGCUGGUGUUCCUCAUCCUGCUGGCCCUGCGCCUGGACAAGCGGACCAAGUGGAACUGGUUCAUUGUGUUUUUCCCCAUGUGGUUCUAUGAUGCAAUUUUAUUGGUGUACAUCAGCAUCCACAUGAUCAACGAGCUGCGGGCGGCUGUGUCGGGGACUGGCAACACCCAUCACCGCACAGUGAGGCAGCGCGCCGCCAGCCUGCUACAGAGGGUGUGGCCGCUGUCGGUGGUGGUGCUCAAGAUGGCCUUCAUGGUGGCCCUCUGCCUCAAGCUGGAGAAUCCCAGUGCCAGCAUCUCCUCCUAUCAUGUGCUGCUGCCACUGUGGAUCCUGCUGACUGGUCUGUGUGGCAAGGUGCUGCACUGCCUCGUCCUGCAGCACCAAUACCGCUAUCCCUGAGAGCCUCACCAUUACUCUGCUGCCUGCCCAUUGAAGGAUCUGUUCAUUUCCUGUUAUGUGUUUGGUUGUUGCAGUAUAAUUUGCAAUGCAGUGUUUAUUCUAUGUGGAGUGUAAGAAAUCUGCAAAGAGGUUUGAAAGGACCAAGUAUAAAUGUGUAUUUAUGUGAUAACUACUAACCUUCUGUGCCUGUGGGGACUGCAUGGAGAAUUAAUUGUUGUUUUAUAGAAAGAUCCCGCAGGUUAAUAAAGUGAGUUAAGCAA